AUGAGGAACUCUCAGGCUCUUUCGCUAACUAUUGAGAAAGAAUUUGCUCAAACCUCAGAAAGAGUGAAGUCUGUGGAUCUGCAUCCUACGGAGCCAUGGAUGCUAGCAAGUUUGUAUUCAGGAACUAUUUGCAUCUGGAACUACCAGUCACAGACCCAGGAGAAGUCCAUCAAGGUCACUGAGUCACCAGUCAGAUCAGUAAAGUUCGUGGCUCGCAAACACUGGAUUGUAACCGGUGCUGAUGACAAGUUCAUUCGCAUAUACAACUACGAUACUAUGGAAAAGAUCAAAGAGUUUGAAGCACACACUGACUUUAUCAGGAGUGUCACUAUCCAUCCAACUCUACCAUAUCUGCUGUCAUGUUCUGACGACAAGGUCAUUAAGCUUUGGGACUGGGAGAAGAACUGGGAAUGCACACAAGUCUUUGAGGGACAUUCUCACUAUGUGAUGCAAGUGGCUUUCAAUCCAAAAGACACCAACAGUUUUGCUAGUGCCUCUCUUGAUGGAACCAUUAAGAUAUGGAACAUUGGCUCUCCUGCCCCUAAUGUUACCUUAGAAGGCCACUUAAAAGGAGUUAAUUGUAUUGAUUACUUCAUUCGUGGAGAUAAGACAUACCUAUUGAGUGGUUCUGAUGACUUCACUGCUAAGGUAUGGGACUAUGAAACUACAAGUUGUGUGAAAACUCUAGAAGGACAUGAGCACAAUGUAACAGCUGUUAGUGUUCAUCCUGAGCUUCCCAUAAUCAUUACAACUUCUGAGGAUGGGACUAUUCAAAUAUGGAAUGCAGCCACAUUUAGUCUAGAGCACAAACUGAAUUAUGCUCUUGAAAGAGUUUGGGCCAUGGGACACUUGAAAGGAUCAUGCAAGGUUGCAUUUGGUUUUGACAAUGGAACCAUCAUUGUCCAAAUGAAUGCUGCUGCUUGAUUUUCUGUGGACAUCAGCUCCAAGCAUAUGAGAAGCAAAAGUUGAUGAAUAAAAGACAUCUAAGUUCUAUUUUCUGUAUUUUACACUGUGUUGUGAUGAAGAAACUUAAAAGGAUCGGAGGUUGUAUUGUUGUAUGGUAUGUAAUCCUACUGUAAGAAAUAUUCUAUGUGUGGCCAAUAAAAGUUUUCUUGUAAUGAAUAUUCUGAUAUGUAAUUCGAGUGUGCAUGCUAUGUAGCACUUAAUUCUCAGGAGGAACGAUUUCCCUUGGGACUACUUGUAUUGCUGUUUCUAUAUAUAUAACAGGA